AUGCGAAGCUGUGCGACGAUAUGCGAGCCGAGACUAGGUCGUUCUUUCCCGCUCCUUCCGAUGGCGACGGAAGGUUCUAACAGCGGUGCGAUAAAACCGCAAGCGUCAAUCGCGGCAAGCAGAGAGCUACUCACCGUCGGCGGUGAUUCGUUGCCUUUCUUGGAACGUCUCUUGGCGCAGCCAGGCAAAAGCAAUCCGCGCGCGCAGAAACAGCAGCAGCAGCAGAAGCCACCAUGGCAGGGGCAAGCGCCGCCAGCGAUGUUCACAUCGCCGGUUGGGGAGAGUUCGGUGCUGGCUCGCUUGCGGGGCUUCUUACCCCAGAUGGAGCAGGAGAACCAGAAGCUGCAGCGAGCCAUACAGGAGCAGGGGCGGGAGGCGGUGAGCAUGGAGGCAGUGGACGACUCACAGCAACGCAUUGAGAUGUGGCCGUUCCUCCCACCUCUCUCUGCUGUCCAUCUCUCUCCUGUUCUCAUCAGUCUCCCGUUCCCUAAACACUCUGCUGUCACCACUCUCCCUGCUCUCGCCACCCUCUCUGCUCUCACCAUUCUCUCUGCUCUCACCAUUCUCUCUGCUCUCACCAUUCUCUCUGCUCUCAUCACUCUUCCCCCUCCCCCCCACACCUAUCACUGGGGGGGCUCUGUGGGCAGAGGGGAGGGGGAAGGGGAGGAGGGGGAGGCUGGGAGCAGCGAUUCUGACUCGGAAUUGGAAUCAGAGAGCGAAGAUUCUGAUGGUGAUGAUGGUGGGGAUGAGGGUGGUGGUGAUGGGAUUGAGGGUGGUAUACGAAGGGCUGAUGCACAUGGGGGUGAUGGCUUGGACGGUGGAGACAGGUGUGUAUCCAUGGAGGAAGAUGGGGAAGGAGGGAACGGGGGAGUGCUUCUAGGCCGCUCACUUGAUGGUGAUGUGGCUGGUGGGGAUUGUGGGGUGUUUCGUGUUGGAGUGGGAGGAGAAAAAGGAGUCGCCAUGACACUUCCGAUUACUAGCAGGCCGGAUUUUGAGCCCACCUGCGCCACUGGUUCGUCAGAUGGAGCAUCUUUUUGUAACGCGUAUCCCACUGAAACUCGGUUCAACGGAGCUGCCGUUGACAUGACGACCCCCAACUUGGCGGACGGGACGUUAACUGACGGUGGGCCACCAGCCGACGAACAAUUCGUUUUUACGGACGACAUGUACGAAGGAGGCGUGGGGGCGCCAGGGUUACCCGGUUACAACGAGUUGGGGAAAGCUCCGUUAGGAGAAGGGGAGCUGACGUAUAGAGGGAUGAAUAUCCUCGCUCCCAUGGUUAGAGUGAAUACUCUUGCAUUCCGACUGCUGGCUCUGGACUGUGGCGCGGAUAUGGUGUACAGCGAGGAGGUGAUCGACCACCGCUUUGUACAGUGCAAGAGAGUGGUGAAUUCUGCGUUGAAUUCCGUUGACUUCAUGGAGCCCAGCACGGGCAUAGUGGUGUUCCGCACGUGUGAGGCGGAGAGGACGCGAGUGGCCUUCCAGAUCGGCACCUCUGAUGCUGUCCGGGCUUUAAGAGCUGCUGAAAUUGUAUGCAAUGACGUGGCAGCAAUAGACAUCAACAUGGGGUGCCCCAAGCCCUUCUCCACCAGUGGCGGCAUGGGCGCUGCACUGCUCUCCCGCCCAGAAACCGCAUGUGAUAUCCUCUCCACCCUGCGUCGCAACCUGCCUACCUCCAUCGCACUCACCUGCAAGAUCCGUCUACUCGACUCGCCCCACCGCACAAUCGACUUUGCACGUGCUGUUGAGAGCACGGGCAUUUCAGCUCUGGGCAUUCAUGCGAGGAAAGUUCCCCACCGGCCGUCAAUGAAGGCGCAGUGGGAGGCACUCCCUUCAGUGGUGGCGUCACUCUCCCUCCCUGUCAUUGCCAAUGGGGACGUGUUCUCCUACAGCGAUUUCGACGCAAUCCGAGCAGCAACAGGAGCGGCCUCAGCCAUGGCAGCACGGGGAGCCCUCUGGAACCCAACUGUGUUUCGCCCAGAGGGGCCGCAGAACUGGGAGGUGGUGAAGAGGCUGUUUCUGAGGCAGUGUGUGCGGUGGGACAACGAUUACAAGUGGUCCAAGCAUGUGAUACGGGAGAUGAUUAUCCAUCACGCCAACUAUGAGAUCGGGGAGGGCAGAUGCGUCAAUCGUUGCCAAACGCUUCCACAGCUCUGUGACUACUACGGCCUAUCAGAGUUCUAUGAGGAGUCUCUAAGAGCAAGGGCUUUGAGGGCACAGCAGGGUGAAGCACACUGA